CAUAUAUGAUUCUUUUUUAAAAAAUAAAAACAAAAACGAAAGUAAAUAUCCCAAACAGCCGGUCUCAUCCUGUCUCCCUGCACCUUUUCGUCAACAAGUAUAGUCUCUUCCCUUUAUUCCGUUCAAGUUUAACUAGGAGAAACCUACAUUAAACCAAAAAAUGGACGCUUACCAACAGCCCCACCGGUACAUGAGACCGCCACCGCCGUCUCUACAGCAACCACCCACGGCGGAUCAUAAUCAUCAACACCAUCACUUUCUUCACCAACACCAGCAGCAAGCACCAAGACCGCCACUCCCUCCACAUGGUAACCAAUGGUACGCCAACCAAUUCCACUACCAACAUCCUUCAUCUCACUCUCCAUCUCCUCCUCCCGCUUCUUCUUAUCCUCCGCCACCACCUCCUCCUCUUCCUUAUCCUGCGCACCACCACCAGAACAACAAUAACUACUAUCCUCUCCCUCCUCGACCUCCCGCGCCUCCGCAGAUUUCUCAAUCUUAUCCUCUGCCCAAUCAGGAUUGGGGCAAUACGAACUGGGGCCAUCACCAGCAAAGUUGGGAUUACGCUGCCCAUAGUGGUGCACAAGAUUGGGCUGCCAGGGCUAAAGAAUGGGCCAAUGCUAGGGCUGCAACUGAAAAUCAGCAUCUGCACUCCCAGUUUACACCAGUUUCCAGACCAGAAGAACAAAAUCAUUUCCAUGAUCAGUAUCCACAAGCUUCUGAUCUUCAUUAUGCAGAUACCCAACAUCAUACAUUUCCUGCAUCUGGUUAUCAACAGUUUCCAGUUCCAGCUGCAUCUUCACAGCAGCCACCAGUGGCUUAUCAGCAGGAGACUGCAUCUAUAAGUUCUGCUCCGUCUUCGUAUAUUCCUGAUGUGCAAUUACCUCAUGCUGGUAGAGAUGGAUCUUCAGCCAGAGAAUCAAAUGCUGGAUUUCCUCAUCAAGAAAGUUUACAUUCUAGUUCAUCUGUUCAUCAGCAGGAGGUACCUUCUAGUUAUUCUUCUGUUACAGGUAAAGAAGAGUCGGCAGAUCAAAAGGAGCACAUGUAUAGAUCAUUUUCUAUGCCCAUUUCCUCAGGUCAGGAAGGGCAGCCCUUUGCAUUUGGGAAUCAAGCAGCUGAUCCAAUUGUGGAUCUUAGUAAUCAACCUUUAGAAUUUGCUCCUCGGUUUAAUCAUGAUCCUGAUGUCCAUAUGCAAUCUAGCUAUGCUGCUCAUCAUGACUUGGUAGGAACGCUAGGAGGUGUUGACCCCGCUGCAGCAGUGGCUUCUGUUAAUUCAUGGAAUCCCCCUGUUGCAUCUGGUGUAGGUUAUCCUCCAAUUCCAUCUGUUCUCCAGUCAGGGCCGCAGCAUGAUCCUUCCAUGGCCAUAGCUUCAGUUCCUGGGCCAGUUGCACCUCAAUUUGGAAGGUUUCCUGGUCUGGGAUUCCAGCCAGCACUUGCGUCUACCAGUGCUUUUUGCCUUGGUGGAGGAGCUGCACUUCAUCCUUCAACAGCUUUCCCAGGUGAUGCAUAUGGGGUUUCUGGUGUUUCUGAGCGGCCUAAAAAGGCUCCUGUGCCUAACUGGCUGAAAGAGGAAAUAAUUAAGAAUAAAGCUGCCAUCACAAAGUCAUCUCUAGAGAAUCCAAAAGAGGAAUCAGAAUCCAUUGAUGAUGAAUCUGCUCCUAGAUCAUUUGGAAAAGGUGAUCAGGCAGAUAGCAAAAGCCUUGAUUCUUCGAAAUCAACUGAAGAAGAGGAUGACGAUGAGGAUUACAUGGAGGCAGCUAGAACUGCAGCAAUUAACCUGGAAAUAAAACGCAUCCUUACUGAAGUUCUUUUAAAGGUUACUGAUGAGCUCUUUGAUGAAAUUGCAACGAAAGUUCUAAUGGAAGAUGAUCUGACAAUUGAAGUUGAGCACAACAACAAUAUAUCAAAUCAUAAAGUCUCACCAUCUUCUCCAGCUGUUCCAACGCCAAAGGCAUCUGCAAAGGUUCUAGUUCCUGUCAGAGCCAGGGAAUCUGAUUCUGAAGAAACCAGUGAAAAAACUAGUUCCAGCUACCCUGGAGAUGUUUUAGGUCUUGCAAAUUAUGCCUCUGAUGAUGAUGCAGGAGAUGAAGAAAUUCAGAAUUCUGGCAUGACAAACUCUAGAAAUAAUGCUAUUCAGCAAUCAAGCACAAAUAAGCUUUCAGAAAAGUUAUGCAAUACAACUGAAAAUGGCUCACCUGUGGGACUUGAGGAGCAUAAUCGAGGUCUGACAAAUUUGGAGUCUGAUCCAAGGAAAAGUAAUGCCUCUACAACCAAAAAUAACAACAAUGGUGCAAGAGAGAGGCUUAAUGAAAAAAGUGUUGAUAGUGGAAAAUUGCUGGAUGGAAAUAAUGAUUCUGGGUUGAAUAUUAUGUCAGGAGAAAAGACUGGAGUGAAAACAAAAUCUGAAAUAUCUGGUGCAGAUAUUGGUACGAAAAAAUCAACAAAUGAUAAUUCUCAAAAUGCUGAAAACAGAUUGAGAUCAUUUAGAAGUGAUCGACAUGAAAGUAAAAAGGGUUCUAGAAAAGAAGGUGAUAAGGAAAUAGAGACUGGUCGCAGGGCCAGUGAGAAGGGAGAUGAAAAUUGUAGGAGGGAGGAUGAAAGACAUUUAAGAAAGGAAAAGACGGAUCAUCGGGAUGGUUCAAGAGAUAAAAGGAAAGAUUAUGAUGUUAGGCAUGAGGAAAAAGCUAAGGAAUCUAAGUCAAGAAAAAGAUCCACUAAUGUUGACGUUGAGGAUAGAAGAGACACAGAGAAACACCAUAGAUCUAGUACCAAAGAAUUUAUUGAUAAAGAACAUAAACAGUCAAAGGAGGAGGAUUCAUCAAGACAUAAACUUACAAGUGACUCAAGCAAGCAUAAGAGAAGGCGCUCCUCUUCAGUCAGCAGUAAGGGUAGAAACAGCAAGGAGAACUCAGUUAGUCUGGCCAACGAAUCAAGCGAUGACACAUCAGAUGACUCUAAAAGGAGACCACAUUCAAGAAAGAGUAAUUUUUCUCCAUCACCUGACAGGUCCAGGAGAAGACAAGUUACGCGAUCACCACAUAGCAAGCACUCUCAGCGCAGGCAUUCUCCCUAUCCUUCUCUUGAGAGGACCAGACAUAAAUUUCUGCAUGGUUUAUGAACUCUACUCGUUUGGCAGGGGAAAAAGGUCAAGAUCCAGAUCACCUGUGCGGAGGCAGAGAUGAUUAUAGGUUAUAUCUUUCGGUGUUGAUCUGAACUGUGAAGCACAAAGAAUUCUGGUUGGGUUUGAUGGGCCUGAAACUGAAGAUUUUGCUUAUGAACCUAUUGCAAACUCAAACAUGCCAAAGGAAGUUUGAAUCCUGUAGAAUUUGGUACGCGAAUUUGAUUUGAGGUAGUUCUGUAGGUCUUUAGAUGAUGAAUAUGUCAUUGUACCUUGCCCAGUUUUAAUAGAGAUUUGUGUCUCAGUUUUUGGGUUUCAUAUCCUGUAUUUCAGUGGCAAAUGUGUAGUUCUUUUUGUUUCCUGUAAUAAAGACGAGUGGUGGAUAUAAAACUAGUUAUUGUUAAGUUAUAGCAGAAUUUGAUGUUUUGAUAUAA